GAGUCUGCCCGCAGCGCGCUGAUAAAGCAGAGGUCCGGUGCAGGCAUCCGACCCACCGCAGAGUCACCAAGUCCACACAACUGCUGCGAGUCGCGCAACUCCCGCGACCUCUCGCUCCAGCCGUGAUCCGGAGGAUACGUGUCGGGGACCUGACUGGAGGGGUGAACAAAAAAAAAAAGAAUACGGCACUUGUUUUUCCGCCUGGUCAGGUAAACCUCCAGUCGGAAGCCAGCGGCGCUCCGUGGAGAGCCCGGUGCGCACAUGGCACAGAAAACGCGCUCCUCGCACUCCUGACAGUCGCGCUGUUGAUAUGGAGCUACACACUGGAUAACGAGGCCCGUCUUUUGAAUGGGUGCUUGACAUACUUCACAUCAAACCUUACGUAUUAAUUGUUUACGUCCCAACGUAAAGCUUUAUAUUUUUGGGGUGGGGAACGUUUCGUGGUUAAAAAAGAAAGAAAGAAAAAAGCGCAGUCAUGCUGGGUGUGAACCGGAUUCUGAGCCUCCGGGCUGCCCGGGUUCGGAGCUGUGGUUCGCCGGGAGCCAAACUCCCAACCCGGUCUUCUUCAUGCCAAAACCCCGGUGCCAGUUCGAGGAUUUACUGUGCGUGUCUGCUGCUGCUGCUGCUGGUGACGCCUCGGGUGGACUCGUCAUGGUGGUACAUUGGUGCCUUGGGGGCCCGUGUGAUCUGCAACAACAUCCCAGGCUUGGUGAAUAAGCAGCGGCAACUCUGUCAGCGCCACCCAGACAUCAUGCAGGCCAUCGGUGAGGGCACCAAAGAGUGGAUCAGAGAGUGCCAACAUCAAUUCAGACACCACCGCUGGAACUGCAGCACGCUGGACCGCGACCACACCGUGUUUGGACGUGUCUUGCUACGGAGCAGUCGAGAAGCAGCAUUUGUCUACGCCAUCUCCUCAGCAGGAGUGGUCUACGCGCUUACUCGCGCCUGCAGCCAGGGGGAGCUGAAAACAUGUAACUGUGACCCACACAAGCGGGGACGGGCUAGCGACAAGAGAGGAGAGUUUGACUGGGGCGGCUGUAGUGAUAAUAUCAACUAUGGGAUCAAGUUUGCCAAAGCCUUCAUCGAUGCCAAAGAGAGGACAGUCCGAGAUGCACGUGCACUCAUGAACCUGCACAACAACCGCUGCGGCAGAACUGCAGUGAAGCGGUUCAUGAAGCUGGAGUGUAAGUGUCACGGUGUGAGCGGCUCGUGCACGCUGCGGACAUGUUGGAUGGCCAUGUCGGACUUCAGGAAGACCGGCGACUACCUGAGGAGAAAAUACAACGGGGCCAUUGAGGUGACGAUGAACCAGGACGGGACAGGCUUCGCCGUGGCAAACAAGGCCUUCAGGAAGGCCACCAAGAACGACCUGGUCUACUUUGAGAACUCUCCGGAUUACUGCCUGCAAGACAAAACAGCAGGCUCCCUGGGCACGGCCGGGCGUGUCUGCAAUAAGACAUCACGCGGCACAGAUGGCUGUGAGGUCAUGUGCUGUGGGCGGGGCUAUGACACCACGAGAGUCAAGCAAAUCACUAAGUGCGAGUGCAAGUUCAAAUGGUGCUGCGCCGUGGAGUGUAAGGACUGCGAGGAAGCUGUGGACAUACACACGUGCAAAGCGCCCAAGCGUGCAGAAUGGUUGGACCAGACCUGAGGACGCGCCGCCCCCCCCUCCGCCCCCUGUAAUGCAACCCCACCCCUUUCCCCGUUACGGGACAUCCUGUGGAACAUGGCAUUCUGGGAAAGUUUGUCCGAAAGUGCUCUGCGUCUCUGCCCUGCCCCUGCCACCUCCUUGGUUCAUCAUUGCAUGGCUUUUAUACCCGUCUCUGUGAAAGCACUAUAGUUCAGUACCCAUCAAUAUGAAUUAACACCCAUUAAUCCCUGUUUGUGAACGGCCCUGCGACCCAACUGCUAGCACAGCGGAACGGUGAAACCAGUGAACACUUUUUGGGUUUGGGUGGACUGGACUUUUAUAUUGACUCCUGCUUUUAUAAGACUCAGUCCAGUAGGCCUUUCUUCCUGUGUGUGGUACUGGGCUUAGAUGGAUUGCUGCUUUCCCGAUGCUUAAAAACACAGUUUUACAUUAACUGAGCCUUAAAACAUAUCUAGUAUUAUUACAACAAAAUCCUAUACUCACAUAAUGUUCUUUUUUGGGGGGGGGGUUAUAGGUUGGACUUGGUCGGGAAGUAGCUUGACUAGUGCACUUUGAGAAGUGGACGUCUAAGUGUGAGUUUGGCGCUGUGUAGCCAAACACAAGUCCGGGCAGAGGACUACCAGAGGACAGGGAGAAGGACACUAGAUGAAUAAAUGGACGGGUGCGUCAUUGGGACAGUAAAUGCAACAGUAAAAACAAAGACAAGACGAGCUGUUUAAAGUGAUUUAUUUAAAAUGUAAAGUGUUGUUUCAUUUCUCAUUCGUGGAUGUGACUGCACUACAUUGGCUGACACGAGGAGAGAGAAGAGCACAAUUAUUAUGAUUAUACAGUGUACUCUAGUUUUCAGCGUGUAAGACGACUGCCACCACAACAUCAGCCAAGUUUCACUUCUCUACUCUCCAGCUUGCUUGUAUAACAUUGUGUAUAUUGCCUUAUCAAAACAGAUGUUCAUAUGAAAUAUAUGGUGCAUUAUUAUGACACUG